AAAACAGUAGUAUAAAAAGGAAAAAGAAGAGAGGCGGAUUGCAAAUAACAGCCACCGAUGGUCACCACUGCCGUCGCGGCGUUCGCCGGCGCCGUGCCGCCGCCUCGGAAAGCCAAAGCAGUAACUGCAGCCACAACACCACCUCCAACCCUCACUAGACGGCAACUCCUCGCCGCGGUCGCCACCGCCUCCAUCCUCCGCACGGCCGCCGCCUCAGCUGCGGCCCCCAGAUUCGCCGAGAUCCCCGGCUCCGGCGGCGUGAAGGCCCUGGACCUCCGGGACGGUUCAGGAGAGAUCCCGGUCGUCGGCGACCAGGUUGCAAUUCACUAUUAUGGGAGAUUAGCAGCGAAGCAAGGAUGGCGCUUUGAUUCCACCUAUGAUCAUAAGGACGACACCGGGGAUCCCAUGCCAUUUGUCUUCACCCUUGGGUCUGGCAAAGUUAUACCUGGUAUGGAAGCAGCAGUGAAGUCCAUGAGAGUCGGUGGUCUUCGCCGAGUGAUCAUUCCACCAUCACAGGGAUACCAAAACACAUCGCAAGAACCAAUUCCUCCUAACUUCUUUGAUCGACAGAGGCUAUUUACUACUAUAUUCAACCCAACCCGUCUCGCAAAUGGCGAGGGUUCCACUCUCGGUACACUUAUCUUCGACAUCGAGCUAAUCAACAUAAGGCAACAUUCAUAAUUGUUGUGCUGCGUGAGGACAGAAGACUGAUCAACCCCCUUAUUGAAACCUUUUGGCUCCAUACUCUUUGUGUAUAAAAGCUGUCCUGUGCAAAAAUUUAAUCAUGCUUUAUGCUUAGUCCCUUUGGUUGAUGCGUGUAAAACAUAGUACUUAUCAACGUUCCUUCGGGCUUCGGCAAUCCCAAUUGCACAAAUACAUAUUGUAAUAUACUGAUUACUGACAGAAAAUAUAAAGAAAAAUCAAGUGAAUACAACUCUGAAGAUUAGAUUUUGUUA